AUGAGUAGAUUAAGGCACGCAGGCAGCUCAUAUGCUGCGAACAUGCAGUGGGGAUGGCCAGUGUGCAAUCCGAGCUUUGCAGGUGCAUGCACAGUCACCUGUCUCAGGAGAAUCUCCAGUAAGGCACUCGGCGGAUCGGCACAGCUUAUGAAUGCGUCAAAACAGAAACAAGGGGGAAUGUAUUCAUCUGUACGCACAACACAGGAUGGCGUGGCACGAGCUAUUCGGAUGAAAUUAACCACGCAAAGUAAUGGAACAUCAUUCAAACACAACGCAAUGAGAGAUAAUAGAAUGAGGGGGAGUGAGAGUGUUAGAGCUGUGUAUGUAGAUAGGGUGUCGGAAAGAAACGAUGCCCUCUUAGAGAUCGAGUCUGAUAAUAUCAUGGAUAGACUGAGCAAAAUAAAAGAAUUUGUCCAGGUAGAUACCAGUCCAUCCACACGCGUGACCAAGCCUUCUAAUAAGUUUGAUGCGACCGCUACAGACAAAGAAAUAUACAUGGGAAGCAGGAGAGGUGCUGGCAAUGCAAGUUUGACAGAGAAGUUGGAGGACAGGGGCGCUUUGUCGGACAAUGGCAGUGAACCAAAAGUGGUAUUGGAUAUAAUGGGUAGGAUUAAAAGUUCGAGGCAAUCCGAUAUGGUAUCACACUCAACAAACUCUGACCGGUCCAGGCAAAUCAAUCAAACACCACGCACGACAGAAACUUAUCAAACUGGCGUUGCCAGGGAUGCGACAUGCAUACGAACGAAAGAACAAAGGUCAACGACUGAUCAUAGGCAAGCUAUGGACCCAACUCUGUCGAAAAGGAAAACCAGUACAUAUGUCAGUAAAGGCAUAAUGGGUUCACAAGUAUCUCGGCCUAAAUCUCGGAAGGAAACCUCACCAGAUAUCACCAAGCAAAGCAAUGAUACUCGAAAGGUUUCUCUGGAGCGUGCACCGGCACGCCAACCGGAGUAUAUUAAGCCGGUAGACUCACAGAGUGGCUCGGAGGUGUGGUGCUUACACAGCCAAACCAUUCAGAGUUGUGCGCAGAGGGGCGACUUCCGAAGGGCGCUGGAAGUGUUAGCAGCCAUGAAUACGAAAGGGAUGAGCACCGACACACACACCUACAACAACGUGGUCAGGAGUUAUCGCGGGUUUGACGGGGCCAUAGCGAACUCGGAACUCACCGAUAUAAAGUCCCUUGAAGGCGUUCUGAAGCAGAUGCGUAGCUUGAACAUACCGUUAGACGCUCGUGCCAGUGAGAGUGUGCUACACCUAUACCGGCGGCUUGCGGCACAUUACGACAAAAAGGGCCUGUGGCAGGGGGCGCUGCAAGUGUUCGGAGAUGCGCAGAAGUACCGUCUGCCGCUGGACAUCAGUGCGUAUGCGAGUGUGGUCUCGGCGUGUGUCAAGGGCGGCCGGUACGAUUAUGGCCUGACUGUGCUCAGAGCCAUGCACACCAGCGGAGUUACGCCUACACAGCAGACCUAUGGGGUGCUUCUGGGUGGCUAUGCUCGCACGGGCAAGUGGGAAGGGUCUGUAUCGGUGCUGAGAGAGAUGCAGGCCAAGGGAGUGCCGCCGGAUGUGUACACCUACAGCUCUGUCUUGAAGGCGUGUGCGGUGGGCGAUGCACCUAUGGUCGCUGCUAAGGUGUUGGAGGAUAUGCACAAGGCGGGUAUAGAACCCAAUGCGGUCCUGUUCACCAGCGCUAUGAGAGCCACGGGUGCCAAAGGGCAACGAGGCUGGACGGAAGCCCUGGAGAUGUUCCGCGCCAUGCAGGCUAAAGGUGUGGCUGUGGACACGCUGGCGUACAACACACUUAUCAAGGUGUGCAUGAGUGUGAAUAAGAAAUGGACCUGGCGUGUGGGCGUAGACCUGCUCGACGAGAUGAGGGCCAUGGGCAGCCCUCCCAAUACUGCAACAUACAAUGCAUUGAUUCCCGGGGUGUUCCAGUACGGCGGCGAGGCCGAGGCCGACAACUUGCUGCAAGCUAUGCGGGAGGAUGGGGUUUGUGCCGACGUGAUUAUGUACAACACACGGAUAGCCGCGUAUAGCACGGGCGGGAGAUGGGUCAAGGCCGAGUCCCUCGUUGAGGAGAUGCUGGCGCGUGAUAUACGGCCAGACACAGUCACGUACAACACCGUGAUCAAAGCGUGUGCGCGUGGACGUGCUGGAGUCGAAGCCGUGAGGUUCUUAAGGAUCAUGCAGGAGAGUGGUCUGACACCGGAUCUGAUUACGUACAAGGGUGUGAUAGCCAGUUGUGCCAGAGCAGGUGAGUUUAAAGAGGCGUACAGGUACCUACAUAUCCUGCAAACGAGGAAGGGCCGUCUGUCGCCCGAUGUUGGAGUGUAUAGUGCCUUGAUAGCGGACUGUGCCAAGGAGGAGAAUCACCUGACCGCGUUGGGCCUGUUACGGGAUAUGCAGAAGGACAAUGUGCCAGUCACCACCCGAAUUUUAUACAACGUCAUACACAGCUGUGCGCAUGCGGGUGAGCUUGGAUUGGCGUUGAGUCUCCUGCGUCACAUACAGAGUGUUCUCUCUGUGCCCGUUACCACGGCAGCGUAUAAUACAUUGAUAUCGGCGUGUAUACGACAUCAGAACUAUGGAUUGACUAACGAGUUGGCUUUGGAAAUGUCGGAUUCUGGUGUACGGUUAGACGCGGAGUCUUUCCGAAUUUUCAGUCAUGAGAAGAUGGAUAAGGGCCUCCAAGGCAGGAUACUUACUCUAAAGCCAUCGAAUAUGGAGGAUGCGCAAACGUACGACAAUCUUAUUAAAAAAUCUGACAAUCAGGAAGUAUUCCGUUUGCUGGCGGAAAUGCAACUCAAGGGACUACCGCCUACCCCUAUUGCGCUGGAGAAGUGCGUAUACUUUAGCAUUAGGCUGGAAAAGCAUCAUCUUGGCCUCAAUGUGCUCUACGAUAUGGAAGUACUGGGCUUGCCACCGGUCGCUAGACACUACUAUGAAAUCGUUACGAGUGAACGCUGGACAUCCGAAGCACCAGAGCCGCGAUUGGCGCUUCUAAGUAAAAACCCAAGGAACUUUCUAUCACUUAACAGGCAUAUCUAUCUCUGCGCGCGAGAGGGGGAGUGGCAACUGGCCGUGAAGCACUUGCACACAAUGCGCUCGAAGGCAGGGAUGUCCCCGGAUGUGUCCGCCUAUCGGGGUGUGGUAUCUGCAUGUGUGCGCGGAGGACAGGUGGAUCUGGCCAAAACCAUCAUCAAAGAAGCACUGGAAGCAGAGGCACGUCCUGACUACUUAGGCCUGGUCAAGAUAUACGAGAGUGCCAUCCAUGCCUUCUGUGGGAGUGACCGGUCUAUGCUGGCUUUGGACAUGUGUCGCGAUUUCCAGCGCGUCGGUCUGGUACCUCAUGUCGCCGUGUUCAAUGCUACCCUGAAUGUCUUGGCGUGCGACAACGAAGUGGAUAUGUGCGUUGAUCUCCUGCGUGAGAUGCAGUGCAACAACAUCGCGCCAACCGCGGCGUCCUACCGCCAUGCUGCGAAGGCGUGUGUGGCGGACGGCAAAUGGGAGACGGCGAAGCGUCUUGCUCACAGGGCUUCUGUAGGGGGGUUAGAAGACCGAGGGUAUAUGUAUCAGCAGGUACUAAAGGCUUGUGCACGUGCCAGAGAGUCUCAAGAAGGUUUGGCUAUUCUGCGAGACCUCCCGGAGGAGGGGAUCAAGCCAGACGUGACCAUGUAUGCGGCGGUGAUUGCCGCAUGCGGACAGAAUUACGAGUUGGAACUCGCCCAUGAGCUAUUGCAGGAAAUGCCACAGACACACAACCGACUGAGGGACUACCACAUGGUAUUCGAGAUGUGUGGACAGUACGGGGGCCACAUGUUUGCGCUGAGCCUGCUCAGAACCAUGCAAAGCGGGGGUGAGAUGCAGCCAGACGACUUCUGUUAUACGAAUGUGAUGAAGGCGCUUGCUCUGGACAAGGUAAGCCACGAGUGUGUGGGACUACUCAGAGAGAUGCGAUCCGUUGGUAUCGAACCCAGCCGCGCCGCAUAUGGCAGUGCCAUAUCCGCGUGCGAGAGGGGCAGGAAGUGGGAGGCCGCUGUGGACCUACUGAGAGAGAUGCAGGCGAAGAACUUAGCGCCAGGGAAGUCAGAGUAUGGGCCAGCGUUAGCGGCGUGUGCGCAUGCGGGAGAGUUGACCACUGCCCUCGGAUUGUGGGCUGAGAUGGAGACAGCCGCGGCAGAGACGGGGUUGAAUUGGCACCUGGACUAUUACAGUCAGCUGAUCAUGGCCCAUGCACGCGCCGGGCGGAAGGAAGAGGGCCUUACCCUGCUGCGGGUGGCAGAGAAACGAAUGCCUGUGCUGAGAAUCGAGUGCUAUAACGCGGCGAUGUAUGGGUAUGCGGUGGAGGGUGACUGGGCGAAGUCCCUUGAGCUCCUGCGAGAGUGUGCAAGCAGGCAGCUAAAGCCGAAUGCGGCCACGUACAAUACUGUCGUAAAGGCGUGUGAGGUGGGUAAUCAACCGGAGCUUUUGGUGGACAUGCUCGUGGAGAGCCACCUCAGCGGUCUGAGUAAGACCGACAGCUGGUACGGGGUGGCUAUAGUGGCGCUGAGUGGUAUUGCGCAGACAGCCAAACUGGCAGAUGUUCUGUACGACAAUAUGAUUCAGGAUGUGGAUAAGAUACAGAGGUGUUGGCUGUCGUGGGCUGUGACUGGUACUGUUGAUUUGCACAACCACUCUCAGGCUAUGGCGCGAGCGGCCGUGAGACGCGCCUUACGUUUAUGUCAGACCCGAUGGCGUGCCACUGCAGCACACGAACGAGAGCGAGUGUCGGCUUGGUUCUCCAAGCUAAACGUGGGCAGAGGUAAGCGUUCGAUUAAGGACGCAGACAGAGGCAACCUCUCUAUUAGUAACCUAGGCGGCGAUGAGCGACUUAUCGGUAACGCAGGUGCCGACCCCGAGCAUAAAGGCGUGGUAGUAGUAGGGCCGGCGGUGAUCCAGUUUUUGCGUGAGUUAGAACCCCCUAUCCGGGCAGCUAAGUAUGGAGGAUGCUGGAUUGUUGUGGAUGGCGCUGAUUUGCGCGCGUGGCUGGUUGCGAAUGAAAAUGAAUACGAACGCGAGGAUGCUACGUCUGCGGAGGGGCUGACGCUUACGGAAGAGUUGUGGAAGGCGCGGAGGUUAAUCGCUGGAGAUCAAGCGGCCAUUGUGGACCAGGUUGACAGUUGAAUGAACACGUGACACCUUUUAUUCGCACGGGAUCGGAGAGUACAGCUACAUCCUGUAGAGACCAGUAAUCGGUGCUUCACUCGAGAAUGGUUUGCAUAGUCUUCCACCGACAAUUUCCAGCCUUUUAGUUGGCAACUGGAGUCGGACUAUGACGCGUGUGGCUGUUUGCAUCAAAGUAUAUUGCAAGCUGGUGAUUGUGCGCGCGUAUAGAAGUUAAAUGAAUGAUGCUGGUAACGUGGGCAAUGCUUUGAUCGACACCACACCACAUCACACCAUACGAACGGCCAAGUGUAAACCGAGGAACAGUCUUAACAGGCAGACUAUCCGCAAACGCAACCUCCAACAACAUACAUCGAUUGUGUGCGAAUAAGCAUUCACAGUCAUGCAAACCGCACACGCUAUCUGCAAGAACAGGCCAAGAGUCAUUGGUUGUUUGGUCGUUGCACGUACUAUGCUCUGUCCCCGAUUAAUGGAUUCUGUAUUACAGCUGGCUGUUCACUUACAAUAGCUUCAUAGCGUGUCUUUGGAUUUAUACCUCGAUGAAUCUAUCAACGCUCCUCCCUACCAGUGUUUCUCACGGGUUGCCGUGAUAUUUAGUACAUACUAGCAGCUGCAUACAAAGCGAACAAAGCUGAUAAUAAAACGACUUGUAGGCUCUAGAACAAAAUCUGGUACUAUCCAAGUCUUGCCUAAU